GGGUUGUCCCCACAGUCCCGGGCUGGUUGCACACAUGGUCGUCCCUGCAGGAAACAAUUAAUGAGUCACAUAUGGAAUCCUGAGGGGAAAAUCAAGUGUUCGGGUGCGGGACACGGGCGGGGGCCAUUGGCUGGUGCUGGAUGAUGGUCAGCUGGAGAGUGAUGGCGUGAAGAGGCCCAUGGUGGCCUGUGGGGUGGUGACAGCCCCCGGGACCCCUCAGCCAAGGGAUGGGGACAGACCUCAAAUCCUCGCAGCCAUGGGGGAGUGACAACCCUCAGCCACCCUGUGGCCGUGGGGAGGUGACAGACCCCAGGGCUCUACAUCAGAUGGUGACAACCCCCUGGACCUCUCAGCCGUGGGGCAGUCACAGCUGUGGGGAGGUGACAGACCCCGGGGACCUCUGAGCCAUGAGGCAGUGACAGACCUGCGCAGAUCCCCUCAGCCAUGGGGAGGUGACAGACACGGGCACCCCUCAGCCAGGGGAUGGGGACAGACAUCUAUGACAUGCCCCCUCAGCCGUGGGGCAGUCACAGUCAUGGGGAGGUGACAGCCCUGGGGUCCCCUCAGCUGGGUGAUGACACCCCCCAGGUCCCCUCCACCAUGGGGAGGUUACAGCCCCCGGGAUCCCUCAGCCAAGGGAUGGGGACAGACGCCAAAUCCUCUCAGCCAUGGGGCAGUGACAACCCUCAGCGACCCUGUGGCCGUGGGGAGGUGACAGAUUUAGGGCUCCACAUCUAUCAGAUGGUGACAUCCCCCGGGUCCCCUCCGCCGCGGGGAGGUGACAGACCCCCCUCAGCGCCCCCGGGGCCGUUGGGCAGCGACAGCCGCCAUGCCCCGGGGCGGCGACCGGGUGAGGGCCCCGGUGGCGGCGGGGCGGCGCCAGGCCCGGCGGGCGCGGAGCAGCUCCCCGGUUCCCGCCGCGGGCCGCGCUCGCUCCUGCGCCUUUAACGCGGCGGCUGCCGCCGCCUCCCAGCUCAGCGAACAUGGCGGAGUCCGGCGGGGCCGAGUUCGCCGCGGAGCGGCCGAGCAGCAUGGCUGACAAGAACAGCACCCUGAAAUGCACGUUCUCAGCUCCUGGCCACAGCACCACUCUGCUGCAGGGACUGGCCUCGCUCCGAGCUCAGGCUCAGCUGCUUGAUGUCAUCCUCACUAUAAAUAAUGAAGUGUUUCAGGUUCAUAAAGUUGUCUUGGCUGCCUGCAGUGACUAUUUCAGAGCGAUGUUCACGGGCGGGAUGAGAGAAGCCAGCCAAGAUGUGAUCGAACUGAAAGGUGUAUCUGCAAAAGGACUGAAGCACAUAAUAGACUUUGCGUACAGCGCUGAAGUGACUCUUGAUCUCGACUGCAUUCAGGAUGUGCUGGGAGCUGCUGUUUUCCUCCAGAUGGUGCCUGUCGUGGAGCUCUGCGAAGAAUUCCUGAAAUCCGCCAUGAGCGUCGAAACGUGCCUCAAUAUCGGGCAGAUGGCCACCACCUUCAGCCUCGCGUCCCUGAAGGAGUCGGUAGAUGCCUUCACUUUCAGGCAUUUCCUCCAGAUCUCCGAGGAGGAGGAUUUCCUUCACCUCCCGCUCGAGCGCCUCGUUUUCUUCUUGCAGAGCAAUAAGCUGAAGAGCUGCAGCGAAAUCGAUCUCUUCCGCGCCGCCGUGCGCUGGCUGCAGUACGACCAGACGCGCCGCGCCAGCGCCAGCCAGGUCCUCUGCCACAUCCGCUUCCCGCUCAUGAAAUCCUCGGAGCUGGUGGACAGCGUCCAGACCUUGGACAUCAUGGUUGAAGACGUCCUGUGCCGGCAAUACCUGCUGGAGGCCUUCAACUAUCAGAUCCUGCCCUUCCGGCAGCACGAGAUGCAAUCCCCUCGCACCACCAUCCGCUCGGACGUGCUGUCCCUCGUCACCUUCGGCGGCACCCCCUACACCGACAACGACCGCACCGUGAGCUGCAAAGUUUACUGCCUGCCCGACGCCGCCGGGCGCCAGUUCAAGGAGCUGACGGAGAUGGAGGUGGGGAGCAGCCACUCCUGCGUGGCCGUGCUCGACAACUUCGUCUACAUCGUGGGCGGGCAGCACCUGCAGUACCGCAGCGGCGAGGGAGCCGUCGAUAUCUGCUACCGCUACGACCCGCACCUCAACCAGUGGCUGCGCAUCCAGGCCAUGCAGGAGAGCAGGAUCCAGUUCCAGCUCAACGUCCUGCGCGGCAUGGUGUACGCCACCGGCGGGAGGAACCGCUCGGGGAGCUUGGCCUCCGUGGAGAAAUACUGCCCCAAAAACAACGAGUGGACCUACGUGUGCUCCCUGAAACGCAGGACGUGGGGGCACGCCGGAGCCACGGUGGGGGACAAGUUGUACAUAUCGGGUGGGUACGGCAUUUCGGUGGAAGACAAAAAAGCCUUGCACUGUUACGACCCCGCCGUGGAUCAGUGGGAGUUUAAAACCCCCAUGAACGAACCCAGAGUUCUACAUGCCAUGGUCAGCGCCAAUAAUAAGAUUUACGCUCUGGGAGGCCGCAUGGACCACGUUGACCGUUGUUUCGAUGUUUUGGCCGUGGAAUAUUACGUGCCUGAGACAGACCAAUGGACAACGGUGAGCCCGAUGCGCACGGGUCAGUCAGAAGCUGGCUGUUGUUUACUAGAAAAAAAGAUUUAUAUCGUAGGAGGGUACAACUGGCACCUGAACAACGUCACCAGCAUCGUGCAGGUGUAUAACACAGAAACCGAUGAGUGGGAAAGGGACCUGCAUUUCCCAGAGUCUUUUGCUGGGAUAGCGUGCGCUCCGGUGAUACUGCCGCAGGGCGCUUUGCUGGGUCGGCAACAAACGCAGGUUUACUCGCUUUCCCAUUUGCGGAACAUGGUUAAUCCUCGUAAGCGUGUGUCGUUCCUCCAUCGCUGCCUUCCUGCUGUACUGCCCUAUUUCGGUGACGUUUUCCUCCCCAAAGCGUUUCUCCAGCAGCGAUGGAUGGUUCAGCUGUUCUGCAAUAACCGCGUUUUCCAAAGGUGCAGCCGUAGCGCUCAGGGAUGGCCGGAGAACCCACGCGGUGACCGUCGGUGGCAGCUCAUCACCGGGAAAACGAGCUUUAUUUUUCACUUCUCAGAGAAAGCACCGGGACUCUUGGCAGGGCGCAGAACAGCUCGAGAUGGGAACGUCUGCAUCCGAUUAACGGUGUCACUGACCCUCGUCCGGGGGGCUGUCGGCUCCGCGAUCCCACUGUCAUUCCUCCCUAGCCCAGAACCUCGCUAAUUCCUACCGACGUGGCCGAGCUUUCCUACCGAGCUCCUGGAAGUCGAACAGCAGCGGAAAAAUGUCCUGGGUUGUGAUUUACAGCGAAGGGCGGCGCUCCCGCUCGUUCUGAGCACCCGGCGCUGAUUGAAGAUGGUGCUGCGCAGCAGAACCGCUCGGGACCUCGCGUGAGCCGCAUCAAACCCCGACUGACGUUUCCACUUCACGGCUGCGAUAAGCUCUGGAGCUGCUGAAACUCCGCAAACUUUCGGGGCCGUUUAUCAUGUGAGGAUUAUUGAAGCCAGACUACUGUCAGAAUAAAUAAAACAUGUUUCCCAGUGCAACUCUAAUUAUGAUUUUUAGCCAGUUGUGUAAUGGGCGCAACUUUAUUUACAAUAAAUCUUCCAGUUGCAUAAAUGAAUGAGAUUUCAUCACUUGCCACUUAAGGACCAGGAAAAGUGAAUGUGGCUGAAUGGAUUUCCCGUCCAGCCGGGUUUGCUGGUGUGUCAGGCGAGCGGGGGAGCGGCGCCGCCUGGUCCUGCCUUCCGAAGGGCGCUCAGAUACCUGGAAUUUCACCGGGAUAUAUCACAGGUGCAUCACGGAUACAUCACGCAGACAUCGCUCUCCUCGAGUGGUUUCUCACAGAGACAGCUUAGAUUCCACUCUGCAUUUUAAUAGCGAGUGGGCGCAGGAUCAUCCCACAGACUCUUGUUUCUCGUUCCAAACUUAUAACUUGAGUUGCGCUAACGCAAGUUUGGCACUUUUCAGUUUAAUAUUUCAGCUCUAAGAGAGUUUUGCAGAGAAGUUUUCAAAUUAAUUUGUGGGGAGGGUACGACUUUGGCUGCUCCGACGUGGAACGUUCCAUCAAAUGAACGCGAAAUGUGCUUUUCUGCUCGGAAACAGCUGCUGCUUUAGCUGUGCAACCUGAAAUCAGCCUCAGAUUGUAAGAGGACGGUGAAGAUGGAGCAGAGAGCGGCGGUGGGGGCCCGCGGAGGGAAACGGGGAGCAGAAAAGCUGGCAGAGCAAAGGUUUUCCCAACGUUUUAUAAGCCAUAGAGAGCAAAUCAAAGGUUCUUGGCUCCGUCCCCGAGGCUUUGCAGUUGCUCUUUCACACCCGGGCCCUGUCGUGUAAUUAGCUGGAGCUGUUUUAUGUGGCUUCUUCAAAACUGAAAGCCGUUUCGCUUGUUGACGCAGGGACGGGCUGUGCGCUGCGCCAGCUGCUGUUCCUCCGCAGCCGCCUCGGCCCCGAGCGCCUGGAGCAGAACCCAGCUUGUCGCGGGGAUUUUUGCUGCAUCUCCCGGUCACAACGCUUAGAGAACACCCUGAAAAGUAUUUUCCAUGCGGCUCUCUGGUGUGUUUGCUAACGUGUGUCUUCGUAGAAAGUUUGUAAUUUGUUGCUUUAAUUGCGUCCCUGUUGUGUUUUUCCCCCUCGCCGUGGCCUGGGGUCUCGUUUUAAUGUGAUCCUCUUUAUGAUGCAGGUUUUAUUCCUUAGCAGUGUUGAUACUUGCACUCAGUGCCUUAAGGAGAGCGGUUUACAACUGGAUUUAGAAGGAAUGUAUGAGUUUCACUGAGGUUUAGAGGAGGGAAAUUUGCCCCGUGGUGCCGUUAGUGUGUCUGGACCUUAAUUUUGCAGCUUCGUGCUUCUCACAAGCUGACAGUUUCCUUAUGCCAGGAGUGUGGAUUGCUGCUUCUGAGGAGGAAAACGGGAGCGUACGCCGUGGGAAGGGGGUCAGGUUUAGAGGGUUAGUCCCCGGAUGAGCAGAGACCCAAGCACCUGUGUGUUUGCCCAUGUGUUUUGCAGGCUUGUAACAGCUUUUCUCUGUUUUCCAUGGGGCUGCCCUGUGCUCGAGGCUUUUCGGAGCCUUUCGGAGAGCCCGGUGUGUUCUGUUGUGCACCCGCCGGUGCGAUUACACUGGGGGGAAGAGGGUGAAGGAAGAGGGACCCUGUUCUUCCCUCUUCUGUUGGGAAUAUUAACCUAGAAACGCCUCCACCCGUUGGUACCGCGAGUAAGCGGAAGAACCAGCCUUGAUCCCAGGCCGGACGUUGAGCGGGUUCCCAGCUGAGGGUUUGGAGUUUGCAGGGGAGAACCUCCCGUCUCGCAGUGCAAAACAAGUUGUUAUGUUCCUCCUGAGGGUUUUUCAGGACAGCAAUUAGAGUUCGGUGAACAACUCCACUUGCUGCUAAGAGGCCCAAAAGGCAAUUCUUAGAAAUGCACAUUUUUGGAGGCACAAAUCCUUCCUCCGCAAAGCCCAGCGGCUGCUGAGAAGCACAAGACACCCUGUUCCGUGAGGCCCUUAGGAUGGUGUUUUGUUAUUUCAGUCCAGUGUAGAGUUUGCUUUUCAAUGCGUGCAUAGUUAUUUUGCUGAAAUAGGGUAUAACCGCGUGUCUAAAGUACUGAACUGCAGCCUUAAAAUGGCUCCAGUAGCAACCAGGUCUGCGCUGCAGACUGUGCAAGAGAAACCCGCCACCGGCCCUGGAGAGCGAAACUCAUUUCCCCCCGUUGAAUCCUCCCAUUCAGCCGGUUUAUCGGGGCAGCUUGUUUUGCUUCAGCAGCAGGAAGAGGGAGGGAGAAAGGAGACGCUUUGGCUUCUGCGGCUACAAAGCGGUUCGCAAGCGCGGCAGAUGUUUUGCUGCUCCCGUCCUCGUAGGGACGGACCUGGCGUCGCUUUGGCACAGGGUGCAAAGGGAAUCGGUGUGCGGAGCGCGAAGGGAACAGUCCAGCCCCGUGCAGCCACAAACAUGGGGCUACUGUGGCGGUUGUUGCGCCGUCUCCUGCUGAGAAAUCACCGACUUUGUGUAACUCUUGCUUUACCAAAGCGAUUGAAACUGAGGUGCCCGAGUUGGGCUGGUGUGUUUGUCCGACUGCUCGUCAGGUUUUCAUGCAAAAAUUACCUGUGCCUGCAAAAACCACGCUGAAUCCUCCUUCAUGCUUAGAUUUUAAUGCUUUCAGCGUCAAAAUGGAGCGUUUAACUUGUAGGUGAACAUCUGUCCCAAGGCAGGGCAGCGGCCGAGGUUGGUUGUGCGCUGGGAUAUGAAGCUGAGGAGCAGGCAGGUGUUGCCUGUUUUACGAUACUGAAGCGCUCAGGUGAAAAAUAACGUGGGAUUUUCAAUCUGUUGCUGUGCCCCUUGCAGCACACGUCUCCGAAGCUGACCCAUGAGCUUCAAAAACAUUUCCUGCUACUUUACAUACGGAAUAUCAGCAAAUUCUCCGAAGGCUGGUUUGACAGACGGCCGUGGAAGGAAACAUUUUGCUCCCUGAUACGCUUCUCUGAUCUACAACUUGAUUUACAACGGUGUAAUCUUAGCGGUAAAAAAGCUCUUUUCCCGGUUUCCUGUUUGUUUCAAGAAGGCGCAGGGUUCUUGCGGGUGCCUCGCUUCUUAGCGUUGACUGUGAAUGCACCCGCAUGGGAUCCUUUGCCUCCCAUCCAGGCGUUACCUCUGGAAGGAUGCGAAGCGGCUGCUGCUCACCGCGUCAUCUCGGCACCGCUGGAAACCUUCUGGCUUCAGGUGGCAUGAAGCCUCGAUUCUGGGAAAAUAACCCAAACACAAUGCUCUGGUUGCCAGAUCAUUGCAGAGCACCAGAAGAUACAGCUCGUAGAAACGAGAUGAGGAUCUUUCAGCGGUCAGGGUUUGCGUGCUUUCUGUAAUUUUAGGAUUUACAGGGAGUGGUAAAGAAGCGAAACGGGCAGGAUGACAAGGGAAUGUUGGCACAGAGAGCAGAACCAAGCGUGCCGGGGGCUGCUUUGCCUCGUCAGAUUUGGUGAGUGGUGUGGAAAGGGAAUUCAGGAGCUUUUAUCUGCCCUCUGGAAAGAAGGAUCUCUUGAAUUAGGAAAUGGUCACAAAUUCCAAGCGAAACAAGAGAACGUUUUCCCACCAGAAGCACAAUUUGGAGCAGAGUUCAAAAUAGCGCUGGAACCAGGGGCUCUGUGGACUCGCGGGAUAUUCUCUGAGGAUAAUGGGAACGUCAACAGGAACAUUAAGUAGGAAGUGUGAGAGAUCAAAAUCUUUGUGUCUGUAGGCAAGGAAAUGUCAGUUUGUUCAGCAAUGCAGGCACGAUCUCACGCUGUCUGCCGUUGCGUAAGCUGCUCGACCUCACACCUUCCUCUGAAGCCUCCAAGGGAGAAGAAGGGAGCUGGAUCUCAUCUGCCAGAGCAGUUCCAGGGCAGCCGGAGGAGUGAACGCAACGUCCUCCCCGCAGCCCGCUCGCUGGCGGCGGCAUCUGCCGCAAGGAGCCGCAGGUUGCUCGGUGAGGAGGGGUUUUCAGGAAAAGCAGAUGUGAGCACCCCAGCCGGCGUCUCCAAUGACUCUUUGUUUGCUUCUUGAUUCUCAGUUACAAGAAACUUUUUCAGAACACGACUGCGAGGCUGGGGGAGGCAGAGCUGCUGUCUCGGGGGAUCCCAUCGCAGCUUGCUGCUGAGAUCGAGUUCUUCUCACGUGGCCCCAUAUGUGCUCAAGGUGAAGAUGGCAGGAGACAUAAAUAAUACUGAUGGUGUGAGCUCACCAUUUGGUCAAAUGCGUGGCGUAUCUCCUUCGGUGGAGGAAGAAGGAAACCUGGCACCCAUCCCCUUGCCUUAAUGCACUCAAGAUUUACAUUUUCGGCUGGGUCACGCACUUCACAGCCAUUCAGAUCCACCCACACCCCAAAACGUGGAGUGCUGAGUGGGUGAGAGAUUCCAGAAGCAACUCUGGCAAACGCAAACAUAUUGAAGAGAAGGUUUGUUCAGCAAACUGCUUUAAAACCGGAGCAUUUAAGAACAGAAGCGGGGUCCAGGCUGCACGCUGGAAUCCAAUCUGAUAAAGGAACAAUAAGAACAGGGAGUCUUGUACCGGGGGGAAGUUGUAACCCCCCCACCUCCCUGGCCACCUGCGUUCCCUCCCUGCGAACCGCAGCCAGCAGAGCGGAGAUUUCGCUCUCUUCCAUCUUGGGAGAUCCGAGAGGGGAAAAUUUAUCAAGUUUCAUCUCAGGCACUUAAUCUUCUGGUGCUACAGAAGAGGCAGAGUGGCAGCUGGGUCUGAAGAUGGUUGAUAUUACCACCUAUGGUAUUAAAUCCGGAAUAACUCAGCAAAUUAUUUAUCAUUGUCUCGCUUCUCAAGCAAAAACACUGUGGGUAAUCGGUAUCUUACUGUUAAAUCUUUAUGAUUUAUAUGCUUUUAGUGUGACAGGCCAAUUUUGCGGGUCAUGUGCUGUUCGUGUACGCAGCUAGAGGGUAUUUAGCUGAACGUGUGUGCUGGUUGUUUAUCCCUGGUGAAAAAUGCGAGAAGUGGUUGGACUCACAUCUGUCGGGAGCGACGGGAACGGCUGAGCCUGCCGGGCCUGGAUGAGCUUUCCCGUCCCAGCUCUGUUUCCUGUGAUGGUAUCUCAGCUUGUGUUAGAGACCCUAAGUGCAAAUUGGCAGCUGGAAUUCAGGGUAGGACGUGACUUUGUGGCUAAUACUAAUCCUGACAGUUUGAGCUGAGUUUCAGCCAUCCGUCUCCAACAGCCUUGCAGCGGCGGAUAAUUAUAACAUCUGAUUUUUACGUGGGCAGGAAAUGCUUAUAAAUGACCGGCGAACUGCCUGAACCAAGGCCGCCACGGUGAAGUGAGAGCAGAGUCUAAUUUCUUUGAUCUGAUAGUUCAACCGUGACAGGAUUUGGUUACUGGAGUAAGGGCUGUUCAGGGGCAGAGAUACCCCCCAAAAAAGGAAAGUGUCUGCUUUAUAGCUUUGUAAGAAAGAAAGUGCAAAGGGCAACGUGUGGGUGUUGGGAAACGGUACUGUCAGGAUUUAUGACGGCUCGGUGCAUGCGUCCUGCGUGUCGCGGCGCUUUGCACCCAUCGGAUGUUAACACAGCUGGAGUCAAUGGCUCAGCAGCCCGAGCUGGUGUUUCCAAACGUCCCGUGUCCCAGCAGGGUCAGCUCUGUCCGUCACCCCCUCCUGGGGACAGAGCCGCUGCUUCCCACACGCGCCCGAGGUCCCGGCGCCGCGGGGAGGGGGAAUAACCCUCUGGUGGUGUUGACGUGGAGCUGGGGAUCACCGGGACACGCGCGACACCGCAGCAGCGGGAGGAGGAGGAGCUGGACAGUGAAGACGUGCUCGCGUGGGGAGAACGCACCCGUUUGUUCUGCGCAGAACGGAGCUGCUGUGGCAUCUUCUGCUUUGCUGGACUACAGGGGACAUGGAAAACUGGAGAAUUUCCCGAUUACUAAAGCUCACCCAGAAAUAAUGCCUUUACUUGCUAUCUUAUAGAAUUGGGGAAUCACGUUGGUUGGAAAAGACCCUCAAGAUGAUGAAGUCCAACCAUAACCCACCCCCAGCACUGCCCCGUGUCCUGAGAACCUCAUGUCCGUCUGUCCAGCCCUCCAGGGCUGGUGACUCCAGCACUGCCCUGGGCAGCCUGUUCAAUGCCCCACAGCCCUUUGGGGAAGAAAUUGUUCCCAGAUCCAACCUCAACCUCCCCUGGUGCAACUUGAGGCCGUUUCCUCUGCUCCUGGCGCUUGUUCCUGGGGAGCAGAGCCCGACCCCCUCUGGCUCCAAGCUCCUUUCAGGCAGUUCAGAGAUCAGAAGGUCUCCCCUCAGCUCCUGUUCUCAGCUGAACCCCCAGGUCCCUCAGAUUUUUAUUAAAUAAUUAAAAUCGAUAUUUUAUAUUUGCUGGUUAAAACAA